AUGGACGACCCCCUCCCCGAUCACUACAAGGCCCUGGGCGUCGCCAAUACGGUCGACGCCGCCGUCAUCAAGGCCACCUACCGCAAACUCGUCCUCAAGUGCCAUCCCGACAAGGUCACGGACCCCGCGCUGAAGGAGCAGAAACAGGAGGAGUUUCACAACAUCCAGCAGGCCUACGAGUGCCUCAUUGACGACGAGAAGAGGAGCAAGUACGACGCGCAGAUCACGCUCGACAAGCUGCGCAAGGAGAAGGCGGCGCGAGGAGCUGCGCCACGCGACAGGACUGCACGCUUCGAUGUCCCCACAUCAGGCGGUGCAUCCUUUGCCGCAAACGGCCCUUCGCGAUACACCACCGAGUACCGCGCACCCACAGCACGCGAGGAAGACGACCGUUACCACGCACGAUACCACACCCAGCCCUCAAAACCCACAUCAUCCUCGAGAUCCACUCGCGAGAAGGAGUCCAAGAGCUCGCGACACGUCAAAGAAGACAGAUCACGCUCAGAUCGCGAGAAAACGCGUGCCAAGGAGACCCGAAGCGACCGCAAGUUCACCCAAGUCGACAGUGAGUCAUCGGGUGACGAGAAGGCGCGCUACGAGGCAGCCUUCAAGGCUCGCACUGAAGAGGAUGCUCGGCGCAAGGCAGAAGAGCGCCGCACCUAUGAAGACAACCGAUAUGCCGGCACCACCACUCACACUGUCCCUGCUGCACGCAAGAUGAGCGUUCAGGAAGAAGAGGCGCUCCGAUACCAGCACAAGUCACGCGCCCACGUCGAGGCGGAUAUCCUAUCUUCCCGACCGUCGCCCGCCAGGGCUUCUUCGCGCGAUUACUACACCUCCGACCCACCUCGGAUGGUUCGACGCGACAGUGCUCGACCCGAGCCCGUCCGCAGGUCAUCUGCUCGCCCCAGUAAGGAAAGACCUUCUCUGUCCCGUCGUGACACAGACCGUACCGACCGCGGUAUUCCCGAGGUUGUCGAGUGGGAUGAUGAGCCUCGCCGUGAGGAGAGACGCGUACCCAGCUUCAAGCAUACGACCUCAUCACCUGCUGAGCUCUCACGUGGAGUGCCUCAGCGCUCGUACACCGAGAGCAGGUCCACCAGAUAUGCCGAGAACACGCCUCCAGCACCUUCGCUGAGUCGAUCGUCGACCAUGCCUACCAUUCCAAACACCUCCUCGCGCAGGAAGGACGCUACCGCUCCUCGCCCGUCUGGUCUUCGCGAGGCCAUGACUCCAGAGCAAUACAGCAGCCCUGAGAAGUACGCCAGUCCCGAGAGAGACGCCUUCCCCAGCGUACCACCAUCGUCGACCGUCAAGACAUAUUACUACCCCGUUCCUGGAGCUGGCGUGUCCCAAGACCCGCCAACCCCCACUCCUCGCCACGUUGUUCGCGAACCCCAAUCCCAACGCCAACACCGUUCAAAGUCGCCCAUCGGCAAGCCCCCGAUUGGUCCCAACCGUCCGGCAGAGCCCACCACUGCAUCAUACAAGACCGUGCCCCGGCCAUCAAUGCCAAGCCGCACGGAGUCAAGUCGCAACAUCUCGCCUGUUCGCGAAGAACGCGGCCGCUCAGGAAGGCUCUACGGUGAAAUUGGUAGCGAACCCCGACACCGGGUACGCCAGGCAAGCAUCGACCCCAACGAAAUCCAAUACAGCCGUAGAUACGGUCCCGAGGACGUCAGAUGGGCACCGAGAUCUGGUGAACCCGACAGGGUUGACAGAGGCUUUGCCAGUAAACCUGGUCUCAGCAGAACUGCUACGUAUGCUUACUAG